AAACUAUAAAUACAAAAUAAAACAUUGGGUGUAUAUAAUGAUUGAUUGUUGAUUUGGUUAUAUUCAAUUUGUUCUUCGACUACAUAUAUUCAUACUCCAAGCUUGGAGCAAACUGGAUUCAACUCACACUUGCAACAUUCAAAUCCAUGGAUAGUAGUUUCUCAUUUUCGAUUUUCCUCUCUUCAUCUCUCAUAUUUCUAACAAUCAUAUGGAAUGUAAUAAAAGGCGCCAAACGCUCCCGGAGUUUCGCCAAUCUUCCGCCGGGGCCAAGAAAGCUGCCGAUCAUCGGGAACUUACACCACAUUCUUAGCUCCCGACCAGUCCAUCACACUUUAGCCGACUUGGCGAUGAAAUAUGGUCCGACGAUGCACUUGCAGCUAGGUGAAGUCAGCACGGUGGUUGUAUCAUCACCCGAAGCCGCAAAAGAGGUCUUGAAGACGCAUGACAUCAGCUUCGCCAACAGACCAUCCAGCGCCGCGGCAAAGAUUUUUUCAUAUGAUUAUUCUGACAUAGGAUUCGCGCCGUAUGGAGAAUACUGGAGACAGUUGCGAAAAAUUUGCACAAUAGAGCUGCUGAGCGCAAAGCGCGUCCAAUCUUAUCGCCCCCUAAGGGAAGAAGUGUUUUUCGAUAUGUGCAAUCGGAUAGCUUCUAAAGAAGGCUCGUCGAUCAAUUUGACUGAGAAAAUUUCCUUGGCGAUUUGCGACAUGGUUUUUCGAGCAGCCCUUGGAAAUAAGAUCGAUGAACACUCAGCAUUCGUAUCAACAGUUAAAGAACUUAUGGCUUUAUCUGCAGGAUUUUCUAUCCGGGAUCUGUUUCCCUCCAUCACUCUGUUUCAAGCAAUCGGCGGAUUUUUAGGCCGCCUGGAGAAGGUGCACAAAAGGUCCGAUAGGAUACUCCAAAAGAUUGUCGACAAUCGUCAAGUAGCAUCUCAAGACGAACAGCUCGAAAGCUUGACAGAUAUUCUUCUCAAAUUUCGCAAAAAUGCCGGCGAGGAGUUCCAUUUAAGUGAUAACUGCAUCAAAGCUGUGCUACAGGAUAUGUUCUUCGCUGGAAUCGAGACAUCCUCGACGACUACAGAUUGGGCUAUGGCGGAAAUGAUGAGACAUCCGAGUGUCCUUAAAAAGGCACAAGAUGAGGUGAGACGAGUUUUCGACAACAAGGGAGUUGUCGAUGAGUCCGACUUCAAUGAGCUAAAGUACCUAAAGUUAGUGAUCAAAGAGACCUUCAGGUUUCACUCACCAGUGCCUCUACUUCUCCCUCGAGAAAAUUACGAGUCUCGGGAGAUUAAUGGAUACACAAUACCUGCAAAAACGAGGGUUAUGGUGAAUGCAUGGGCCAUUGGAAGAGAUCCUAAAAUCUGGAAAGAUGCCGACAGCUUUAUACCGGAGAGAUUUCUCGAUGAUAAUAUUUCAGCCGAUUAUGCUGGAAAGAAUUUCGAAUUCAUCCCUUUUGGUGGUGGGAGAAGGAUUUGCCCUGGAGCAACAUUUGGCCUCGCUAAUGUCGAACUUCCAUUAGCAAUGCUUCUCUACCACUUUGAUUGGGUUUUGCCAGAGGGAAUGGAACCUCAAGAUGUGGACAUGGCAGAAGACUUUACACUUGCAGCAGGAAGAAAGAAUCCACUUAAUGUGAUUCCUAAAUUGAAAAACCCUUUGCCUCUAAAGUAAAAUGUUGUCAUAAUGAAUCCAUGUUCGAGGCUAUUAAUGUCUCUUUAGUGCACUGGCAUUAGAUGUGGAAAUAAGUUUGUUGGUUCUCCAGAGGAAGAAGAUGAUGAACAUGAAUAGAUUUUUUGGAAGUCAACUCA